CAAAAAAAAAACAAAACAAAAUUGUUGUUGUUGUUUGUUAUUGCCUGUCAUUUCGUCAUUUGAAAUGAUCGCACGCGAAAUACGCACAUAUAAUACCACCACCAUUCGAUUAGAAUCUGAUUUUUUGUUGUUGUUUUCAUUUUUUUUUCUGUUUAAAUGUCAAAUCAGUGCCUUCUUCUUUCAUUUCAACGUCAUUUCAUUGAACAAAUUUGAUGAAUAAAAAUCACAAUUCGAUUCGAUUAUUUUGUUUGUCUAAAAUUUUUCAAUCAAUCGAUUGUGUCAUUUUCGAAUGACAAUUAAUCAGCUGUAUGUGUGUAGUGAAAAUAUUUCACCAAAUAAAAAAAAAUUAUGAUCAAAUUAUUCGUCAAAACAACGGUCAUCAUCGACAAUAUUAAUACAAUGAUCAUUGUACCGGAAUCAUCGUUAUCAUUAACGUCAUCGAUGAUUACCUAAUUGAUUUUUUAUUUUAUUUUAAAAGUUUUGUUUUUUUUUCUUCGAUAUUUUUUUUUUUUAAAAAUUAUUAAUCAAUUAAUUCAAUUGAAUCUGCACAACGUCAACAAUUCAUAAUAGUAGCUGGAACGAGAUUAUUCAAAUUCAACAAUUGUAACCACAGCCAAUACUAUGAAUUAUCCAUUAAUUUUCUCAGCAAUCGUUGAUAUUGGUUCGAAUGUACAGCUUUCGAAAGGUUUCACUGGUGUAUCAUGCAUUACAUUCGACAAUGAACAAGAAAUUCUAUGGGCCGGUAAUUAUUCUGGUCAUAUAACUAGUUUCGUUCCAAAUACAACAACUGGUCUUACGAAAUAUACAUCAUUCCAUGUUGAUUAUGAAAGUGAUGUCAGACAAAUCGUCACCUUCAAAGAAGGAAUUUUUUCAUUAACAAAAAAUGCAUUACGUUUAUCGAAACGUCGUGGUAUUACACAAUUCACACAUAGAAAUGAACAUUUGAUGAAAGAUAUGCAAUGUAUGCUAUUGAGGAAAAAUGAUCAUAAUAAAUGUGGUGGCCAAUUAUUAAUGGCCGGUAAUCAAGAAAAACUAAUCGAAUUGGAUAUCGAAACCAUUAAGCCUAUUCGUAUGAUUGAUAUAAUGGAUGAUGAUGGUGGUGGCAUACAGAAUUGUUAUCAUAUGAAAGGACAUCCACGUUUCAUUUGUAUGGCCGAUUGUGAUGGAAAGAUUGUAUUACGUGAUUCGGAUCAAUUACGGAUCCAACAUCAAUUCAAAUCAGCUGCACCAAUAUCAGCAAUUGAUGCUUGUGGAAAUUAUCUUGUCACCAUUUCACCAUAUUCACAAUUAAUGAUGAUUUAUGAUUUACGUCAGACAAAAUUAGCAUCCGUCACACAAAUAUAUCAGCCAUCGCAUAUCAAAUUUUUAUCCCGAUUCACUACUAAAUGUUGUAUUGUAUCAAGAAAUGGUCGUUUUUCUAUUGUAGAUUUAACGAAUCCUUCAACAAUCAAUCCAAUCAAUGAUGUUCAAAUGCCUUCAUAUGAUUCUCAGGUUACCGCUUUCGAUAUAUCGGCCACCGAUCAAGCAUUUGCAUUUGGUGAUAAUCAAAAUUGCAUAUACAUACAUGGCACAUGUGAAAAAUUUGAUAUCAACACAAAUCGUAGACAACCAGAAUUUGCUGAUCCAAUAAUGCCAACACCAUAUUAUUCAUUGAUGACCACCAAUGAUCAUUAUACGCCAAUAUCGGAAAUAUCACCAUUUCCUUAUUUUGUUCUGCCAUCAAUGAUUGAUUAUAGUCAACUAGUAUCAUAUAUGCCACCACAACAAUGUCUACGUGUUUAUCGUCCUGUACCAGCAAUUGGUUCGGAAAUAUUACGAUCAAUGCGUGUUGUUGGUAAUAUUGGUUAUGUUGUUAAUUCACCGGGUGCGAAAAUUCCCACGGCAAUCAAUAAUGGCUGUUAUACAACCAAUAAUGGCAAUGGUUCAAUACGUAGUAGUCCAGAAGGCAAUGAAUUCGGAACGGAUCAAAUGCCACAUCGUUAUCAUUUUCUGGAACCAAAUCACAAUAAAGUCGAUAAAGAUGAAUAUGAUUUCUCUCGAUAUAAUAGCUCACCAUUUCCAGGACUGGAUUCAACAAUACCAAAUUCGUAUGCAAAUAAUAUGAUUCAAUGUCUGUAUUUUAUACCGGCAUUUCGUUCCUCAGUUAUAAAUCAUAUUUGUAAUCGUGAAUAUUGCCUUGUUUGUGAACUUGGUUUUCUAUUUCAUAUGCUUGAUAUUGCACCUAAACACAAUCCAUGUCAAGCAAAUAAUUUUCUUCGUGCUUUUCGUACAAUACCAGAAGUAUGUGCCUUUAAAUUAAUUGUACCAGAAGAAGAAUCUUUACGGAAGCAAUUUAACUUUUUCAAACUUACACAACAAUGGUUACGAUUCCUAUUACAUCAAUUACAUCGUGAAUCAUUACAAUCUUCUUCUUCAAACAAUAAUAACAACAACAACAACAAUUUGACCAUGCAAAUUUUGAUGGGCAAUAAUUCAUCAAAUGGCGGUGGAAACAAUCACCAUAACAAUAAUCAUGCUAAAAAUUUAUGGCCAUAUCCACAGCAGCAGCAGCAACCACAAUCACAGCAAAUGGUUGAAUCAGAAAUUGAAAAUUUAAAAAAUUCAUUUGUUACAGAAAAUUUUUCGCUCCAAUUAACUAGACAUUUUCAUUGUAUAAAAUGUCAAAAUCAAUGGAAAAGUCCAUAUAUUUCAUUUCCAGUCACAUUGAAUUAUCCGAUGAAUCAACAAAAUCAAAAUCAACAACAAUCAUUCAUUAGUUUUUCAGAGUUAUUGUUGAAUUCAAUACACACAGAACAAACGAUACAAGAAUUUUGUGAAAAAUGUCAAAAAUUUCACAAUAACAUCAUUGAACGACGAUUAAUGUCUAAAUUACCGCCAUUGUUUGCCAUCAAUACUGGUUUGGAUAAUAAAAAUGCACAAAAAUUCUGGCAAACACAAACUGAACGUUUCACAAAAAUCAUGACAAAUAAAAGAGAAAAAUAUGUUGUUACAAAUCUGGCUGAUUUAGAUAAAUUGAAACAACAACAGAAUAAUAAUUGUCAAGGAAAUGGUGGUGGCUGUGGUGGUAGCACUAGUAAUAAUAAUCAAAUGCCAUGUCGUUAUGGAAAAUUUUGUAAACGUUUAGAUUGUAAAUUUUAUCAUUCACAUCGUGAUGAUGACGAUGGAAAUGAAAAUAAUUUCUAUUCAUGGAUACCCAUGUCAAUUUUUAUAUCGAAAAAUUCAAACAAUUCUGAUGGUUCAUCAUCAUCAUCUAAAAUGCAAAUAAAAGAUGAUUAUAGUGACAAUGGUGAUCUAGAUAAAGAUAAUUAUAUUGAAUAUUCAUUAAUCAAUGUCACGUCGGUGGUAAAAUCAUCGGAAGAAACAUUUGGUAAUAUUGUCAGCGCUAUUAAAAUUGAUAAAUCAUAUUUUGAUGCUCGUCGACGUCGACAAUUGGCAAACAGAAAACGAAUUCGACGACGUUAUCAAAAUCGUUUUGUUGGUGGUGGUCAACAACAAAAUAAUAACUUUGUUGGCGAUGAUGAUGAGGAUUUAUCCGACGAAAAUGAUGAUGAAGAAUUGGAUGCAUCAAUUAUUGAUGAUAAUGAAAUGUUUACGAUUGAUAGUCGUACUAAUUCAUCGUCAUGGGAUAUGGAAAAUUUGCCGUGUUAUGAUUCCAAAAUGGAUUGGUAUCUCUUCAAUCAUUAUCUGAUUAAUCCAAUCACAAGUGAAGAAGUAGUUUCCACUGAUUUUACCUGGAAAGUACCAACAAUAUUGAUGUAUAUGAAGAAUGAUUGUAUGAAAAAUUUUCCGCAUAACAAAUUAUUACGACGUACCAAGAAUAAUAUGAUCAACACGAAUGUAUUCAAUCAAUGUUUAUCGAUAUCGCAGAAAAUUCCAAUGAAAUCAAUUUCGUUUUUGCCAUUGGAUUUAGAGAUGGAACCACCCAAAAAAGGUGAAAUCGUUGCAAUGGAUGCUGAAUUUGUUAUGCUCAAUCAUGAAGAAACUGAAUUACGAUCCGAUGGUACUAGAGCCACGAUAAGACCAUCACAUAAAUCUGUUGCGAGAAUUUCCUGUGUACGUGGAUCCGGUCAAAUGCAAGGUGUUCCCUUUAUUGAUGAUUAUAUUUCAACACAGGAUCAGGUUGCUGAUUAUAUGACAAAAUUUUCCGGAAUACAACCAGGUGAUCUGGAUGCAGCACUAUCAUCGAAACAUUUGACAACAUUGAAAUCAACGUAUCUGAAACUUCGAUUCCUGAUCGAUAAUGGUGUAAUUUUUGUUGGACAUGGUUUACGUAAUGAUUUUCGUGUCAUUAACUUGGUAGUGCCACCGGAACAAGUGAUCGAUACUGUUUAUCUGUUUCAAUCACCGAAUUCAAAACGUAUGGUAUCAUUACGAUUUUUAGCAUGGCAUUUUCUUAAUCUAAAUAUUCAAAGUGAAACACAUGAUUCAAUUGAAGAUGCUAAAACUGCGCUAGCAUUAUAUCAUAAAUAUAAAGAAUUAGAAAUGAAUGGCUGUGCUAAAGAAGCUAUUGAAAAUCUAUAUCAAAUUGGCAAAGAAUGUGGAUGGAAAAUUCCAAAUUUUUGAGUAAUUCAUAAAAAAUUGUUACGAAUGUAGUUCAUCAUCAUGAAUUUUUUUUUAAAAAG